GCCUACCUCUCAUUCUCAUUCUACGACUCAAUGAAUUCACCGCUGCCAACGACAAUGAGCAAUGCUGCGAAAGAAAGGCCGCCGGCCCCGUUAGAUCCUUCUGGCAAUGAGGUAUGCCUACUUUUUCUAAAGUACGGCAAGUGUCGUUACAAGAACAGAUGUAAAAAGAGCCAUAUCCUGCCUGAUAAAAAUGCACCUAUCAUGCGGCAGAUCACUUCGAUAGUAACGGAGCAAUCUGCUGCCAGAACUGGCCCAAAGGUUGUUUUCUCGAUGAGGAAAACAUCCUACGACAGGCCAUCGCAGACGUCGGCUGCUUCACUCAAUCAAAAGCUCAGGCGCAUCUCGGAUCGGUUGCAUUCAGGAACAGCGCCGCGAGGACACAAGGAUGGUGAAGAGGAUAGUCGAGGCACGGAUCAAACAACUCCAGUGGCCCCUCCUGUUAGUAUAGAAAUGACAGUUACAGCUCAUCCUAGCAAUGACUCGCCGACAAUGGAUAUUGCCGGUAGGGCGGCUAUCGAUCAAGAUAUGACAGGAGUGGAGACAGCACAACCGGUGCGACCAUCAAAAACGAAACCAAAGCGUCUGAUCAAAGCACCGUCCAAAUGCCUGCUUGCUUCGUUGUUCAGGACCACAAUACCGAAUUCAUCCAAACAUCGCCAGGUACCUGUGAAUACCUUUCAGAUUGGACAGCCCACGGCCAGGAUACACGCAACCAAGCCGGCGAUCGGAAGUAUUUUGAGGAAAUCGAAAUCAAAGUCCAAAUCAUCCGCCCAAACUGUACAUCCGCCAGGGUCGACAGCAGCGUAUUCCAUUAACGAUUCCAAAGCAGCCAGUGAAAAGAUUGAGCAGUGGUACAUAACCAACAAGGCGCGAAUCGACCCUACAACACGUAGACUGAUGGUCCUUACAAAACCGGCGACCGUCCGUCAAAAAAAUCAACUCAAGGUCAUGCGUAAACAUCAUUGGGAGUGCCGAACAGGAAUCACGCAGCAACUCAAGAGAAACGUACCGACGUCUUUUUCGUUGAAGGUGGCGAGAAAUCGAAUCGACUGGGAUAAAUUCACGUCUUAUGUCACACUCAUGAUCCAAGCGGCAUUUGAGAUGGACAUCGAUAGCAACCAUCUGCCGCUCAUAGGAACGACACUAUGUGCACAUCUUGAGCACAAAGAUUUGAGUGGGCUGGCAUGUGAGGAAUUGCUGAUAUCAUGGGGGCUGAAAGAGAUUGACGCACGGCGUUUCUCCAACCACCUAUGGGAAGUGAUGGUAUCAGCAGCAGGAGAGGCAAAUAUCCGUGGAGGGAAAGGUGUUGGCUAUCAAGUAAGACAGCUUGAGGACACCGUGGACUUUAAGCGCAUUCAGUCGAGAUUAUUGAUGCUGAAUAAAGCACCGACUUGAUGCUUCAGAAUAUGCCUACUUGUAGAAUGUAGUAUCGUAAUUGUGCCU